GGCGCACGCCUGCCGCUGCGCAUCCGCCCCGCCAUGGCGGCGCUCAACGUCGUCGCGCUGCUCGGCCUUGCGUUCCUGGGCUUCCACCCGCGCGGCCAGGCGUACGUGCCCUUCAACGACAAGGUGCUGCACUUUGUCUGCUUCCUCGCCGCCACGGCGCUCUUCUACAUGAUCUGGGACGUCGACGAGGACGCACGGCGCUCAUGGCUCUGGCGCAAUGCGCCGCUGAGCCUUACGUGGCUCGUCUGCUUCUUCGCCGGCGGCAUCGGGUCAGAGUUCGUGCAAGGCUUGCUGCCCUACAAGACAUUCCAGUGGGGCGACGUCGUGGCAAACCUGCUGGGCUCGUCGCUCGGCCUCUUCGCCUCGUUCCACUUUGAGAAGCGCUACCGCGCCCAGCGCGAGAUUGCGCGUCUCUACCAGCCGCUCGAUGCCGAGGCGUACGGCGACGACGAGGACGAGGACUGGGACGACGCAGACGUGCCGCGUGGCAGCCGUGCACCGCGCUCGGAGCGCCGCGUGCGCUUCGGCGACGUGUGGGAUGCCGAGGCCGAC